AUGGCAUUGCCACCAUAUGCUGUGGAUAAUAAAUACGUAUUAAAAGAUACGUCAAGCGAUAUCAAAUGGCGACAUGGUUUACCAGAUUAUUCAAAAACCAUUGCUCUUUUUGCAAGAGACAGAUCGACUAAUCAUGCACCAGGAUCACUGGAAGAAAUUGUGGAAAAUGUUGUCAAGAAUUGGGAAAUAGAAGUUAGUCAUAAAUUGGAUCCUCAACAAUGGGAAACAGUCGAUGUGGAUAACUAUCGCUUUUCAUGUAACGGUCAACACAAGUUCACGGCUGAUGAUUUAGUUAAACUGGGUACUUACAAUGCAUUAAUCGGGAAAACAACAUACUACAACGCAUCUAUGUUGACACUUGCAGAAUCUCAAAUGGCAUUUCUAAGAGCUUUUGGAGAAGGUUUUGCUUGGGAAUUAAUUGAAUUGUAUUCGGGUCCACCAAAUGUUACUUUUAAAUGGCGUCAUUUUGGUCGAAUGACCGGCUGCUUUUCAUGUCCAUCUUUUUCAGGUUAUGUCUACAAAGCGGAGCCGACGAAUAAAAUGGUAAGUAUAUAUGGAAUAUGCAAGGCUACAGUGACAUCAGAGUUGAAGAUUCAAGAUUUACAAGCCUUCUUUGAUAUCAAUCAAUUGUUUGCUCAAUUUACAGAACUGUGUCCGUUAGCCCCAUUUGCUAAUUUAUCAGGUUUGGCAAGCUCACCAACAGAAAAAAUAAUCAGUGAAUCAUUAAUCAAUAACGCAGGUUCAUCUCUCAAUAAACCAAAUCCAGCUAUGAACCAUGAAGAUUCCCAAGUAAAUAGACAAUCAGCGACGUGUACCAUUAUUUGACUGUUCUACUAACUAUUCAUAUAAAAUGAUUUUUCUUCUGCUAAUUCAAUCUGUGAACUCUCAAAAAACUAUUCAAUAAUAAACUGAAAAUCUAUACUUAUUACAAACAAUGCAUGAAACAUAAAUAUAAGUAUUCUCUGCGUCACAGGUACUGUCUUGCUUAUUCUUGUGAACUAUUUACGAAAAGUUUCCUACACGUAUUGGUGAGAGUGAAGAAAAAUCAUUGUCCCCAGGCAAACCUACACAAUUAUUAAGUCGAAGCUCUAUUCGCUGAACAGACUGUAACCUGUAAGUGACAAAAUAUUGAUAAAAUCAGUUGGGCAAACAAUAUGAUGCUCGUUCUAACACACCAGUCUGGAAAAAUGCUUGUUUAUUGAUUCUUUUUCUAUGAAAAAAAUGAAAAGAAAUAGGAUCAAAUAUCCUCCUACUACGAGUUUUGAGCUUGAUUUUCUCAAUUUUUUUUUGAUUAACGCAUUUUUCAUUGACGGAAUUCAUUAUCGAUCAUGAGAUUGUGCAUAUCAUACCAAAUGUGCAUUUAAUUUUGAACAAUGAUACAAUUUGAAUUGUUCAUUAUGUGAGCAUGGAUCGUCACCGAGCCAUGGUUGAGAAGUGAAUGGCCUGUCACUGAUAAAAGAAGUGGCUGUCCGAAUAGUAAAAUUAGCAUCUGGAUCAUGUCGAAUUUUUGGCUUGAAAACAAUGAACACAUUGUCAUAGUAAUGCCUUAAGUGUAGUUCAACAAUACUGAUAACUGUUUUGCCCGUUUCGAGAUCUUUGUCUUUAUCGUAAUCAAUGCUAGAUGAAUUCGUAUGAAGCUUGAUUGAAGCUUCAGCAACCUUCAUGGAUUUGGUUCAUAUAACAUUUAGAUCUGCCAGAUUUAAUAUACUCUAAAGAUACGCUUCAUCUUUCGCGAUCACACAUGAGUACAUCAAAGAAUCACAGAAACUCGCAUGUGACAAUGAUGAGAUUCUUUUCAUUGAAGUAGACAUCUUGGCUUUCGGAUGACUAAAUCCUGUGUCUUCAAAGUAACAGCUGACCAAAGCAGUAAUAAAUUAUUUUGCUUUGCUAUAAACAAUUGAUUCUAGUAACUCUUUGGUACGUUGUAUUCGACUGUGUUGCAGAAUAGAAUUAAAAACGAACGUUGGAUAUUUUAAUUUUUCCAUGUAAGCUCUACUCAUGACAGGUGUGGGUGUAGACCAAGAUAUAAAACUCACACCCACACCCACAUACCCUUAUAAAAAACGAUCAUGUAGAGUGCAUGGGUUCUUGCUAGUAUGAUAUUUAUUUUUGAAUAAAUAGCAUUUUGUAGACAUUUGGAAAAAGAGUGAUGAAGAGGCGACAUCAAUAUACUUUUCAGUAAAACCAACUUAAUACUCUCUAAAAAAAACAGUAUUCUCGGAAACCAAGGGAGAAAGGUUUCCGAGUGUUCGGAAACCCAUUUCUUGCCCUCGAGAACCCUUUUAUCGGUUUCCGAAAGCUCGGAAACCCAUUUUUUACCCUCGGAAACCCUUAAAACGUU